AUGGCAGUUAUGAGCGCUUGUGGCGGAGACAGCUGCAAAGCUCACCGUGCUUCAAAUGUUGACCUUAGCGAAAUAUUUGAGAGAAUAAGUAUUGGCAUAGGAAUUAUAAAACAGACUCAGGCUAUAGGUGUUACUGAUUGCACUAAUGCUUCAUUAAUGAUACAUGAGCAAAGUGCACCAGUAUUGACAAUGAGAAGAAAUAGGUUUGCCGUUUUGCUUAAUCUUGAUUUUAGUAAUUCAAUGGAUGGAGCGAAUUGAAACUCUUUAAAAUCAAGCGUGGCUAUGUUUCUAAGGAGUCUGCAGGAAGGGGAUAUAGUUUCUUGCUUGCUGUUUAAUCACAAAGUGAUGCUGCUGUCUGAAAUGAAUAUUCCUGCCUGCUUACCUCCUGCUUCAUCUUCUGCUCGAAACUUUUCUUCUCCAUCUUAUAAUCCUAUUCAAUCUUCUAUCAGUCCUCCAAAGCAAGCAAGUGGGAAGGCUAUUAAUUCAGGAACAGAUUCGUCUGCAGUAAAUUGCAAGUGCAAUCUAGUUUAA